AUGGCGGAGCUGGUGGCCACCAUGGUGGUCGGACCACUGCUCUCCAUUCUCAACAAUAAGGUAUCCAGCAGCCUGCUCGACCAGUACAAGGUGAUGAAAGGCAUGGAGGAGCAACAUGAGAUCCUAAUGCGCAAGCUUCCUGCCAUUCUGGACAUCAUCGCCGACGCCGAGAAGGCGGCAUCCCUGAGAAGAGGUGCAGCGGCAUGGCUCGAGGCCAUCAAGAAAGUGGCUUACCAGGCCAAUGAAGUCUUUGAUGAGUUCAAGUAUGAGGCGCUUCGCCGCAAGGCCAAAAAGGAGGGACACUACAAGGAGCUUGGCUUUGAUGUGGUGAAACUCUUUCCCACCCACAACCGCUUCGUCUUCCGUAACAGGAUGGGAAGGAAGCUCCGCAAGAUUGUGCAGGCCAUCGAGGUCCUUGUGACCGAAAUGAACGCCUUUGGCUUUAAGUAUGAGGAACAGCCGCUGGUCUCCAGUCAAUUACGGCAGACUGGUCAUGCUAACACUGACCCAGAGGAAAUCAAAGAAAUCAUCAAUGAAUCCAGAGCCAAUGAUAAGGGUGCAAUUGUUAGCAGACUAGUUGGGCAAGCUAACAAUGCAGAUCUCACAGUUGUUCCCAUCGUUGGAAUGGGCGGUCAGGGCAAGACCACCUUAGCGCAACUUGUUUACAACGAACCUGCAAUUAAGAAGCAUUUUGAUUUGCUCCUAUGGGUGUGUGCAUCUGAAUGCUUUGAUGUGGACUCCUUGGCUAAAAGUAUAGUUGAAGAAGCUCAUGAGAAGAAGGAUGAUAGCAAAGAUGCAGCCACUUCCAAGAAGACACCACCGGAUAUUCUUCAGAAUGUAGUAAGCGGGCAAAGGUACCUCCUUGUAUUGGAUGAUUUCUGGGAACGACAGGUUGAGAUUUGGAGACAGCUCAAGGCCCGCCUUGAAUAUGGUGGCAUGGGUAGUGUGGUCUUGACAACUACUCGUGACGAACAAGUGGCUGAAAUAAUGUGCCCUAUUGGAGCUUACAAUCUCAAAGCUUUGGAAGAUAAAUUCAUAAAGAAAAUCAUCGAGACAACAGCAUUCAGCCGUUUCAAGAAGGCUGAGGAAAGGCCUAGCGAGUUGGUGGAAAUGGUUGAUGAGAUUAUGAAGAGAUGUGUUGGUUCUCCUUUAGCUGCAGUAGCACUAGGCUCUGUACUGUGUACCAAGACCAGUAAGGUAGAAUGGGAGGCUAUAUCAAUCAGCAGCAACAUUUGCACCGAGGAGACAUGA